CCUCCAUACCGAAGAGGAAUCAAUGGCAUUGAGAAAGAGGAAAUGUUGAUUUCAAUGUCGCAGCAAUAGUGCAGACUCUGAGGAUAGAUUGGGACGUUAUAACAAUGGUUCAGCCACUGAAAGCAAUAGAUUGGACUGUCACGGAAUUUAAUGAGAAUCCCAAAGAAACAGAUUGGCAUGUUGCCACAAUGAACAGAAGUCUCAGCGCAGCAUUUUACCAUCUUUCUACACGCUAUGAUGAACUGCCUUUAAAAUUUCGAAUCAAAUACGUGCUUCGGGUUAUUCAAGCAAUUUACUACCCCAUACUCGCGAUCGUUGGUCUCACUGUUAAUAGUGUCACGAUUAUCAUCCUGUCUCAAGGAAAAUGUGGUCUCUCCCGAUGGAUUACGCAUUACCUGGUGGCCAUGUCAGUGGCAGAUUUACUCGUUAUAAUCCUAGAUCUGAUGUUGAGACAUAUUCCAAUUGUUUUUAAGAAGCAGUUUAUUUUCCUAAAGUCUGUCCCUUUGUGUAAUAUGCAUGCUGUCUUGUUAUAUACAGCUAUUGAUUGUUCUGUAUGGUUCACUGUCGCUUUCACCUUCGAUCGGUUUGUUGUUCUUUGUCGCAGCAAACUGAAAAGUCAAUACUGCACUGAGAGAACAGCGAUUGCAAUUCUUGUAUCAAUGACUGUUUUGAGUGGUUUGAAGAAUAUUUUCUGGUAUUUUAUGUUUACAGGUUUGUAUCGGCUUCAUAGAGAACCCUGGUUUUGUGAUGUACCAAAAGGUGUUCGGCUCUCUUUGGUCUGGGGUUCCAUUGAGUUUGUUCAUCACAUACUCACCCCAAUUGUCCCAUUUUUCAUAAUUCUGCUAUUAAACGCAUUCACAGGGAAACAUGUUUUAAUGAACACCAAAGUCCGCAAGAGAUUCUGGUCUCACUGCAAGUUCGGGAAUGUAAGAGAUGCAGAGGUGGAAAAUAGAAGAAGAUCCAUAUUUUUACUCUUCCUCAUCUCUGCUAAUUUGAUCCUGUUGUGGUCACCGUUAUUGAUUUCUACAUUUUGGACACGGAUGAAUUUAUUGGGUUUCCAGAUAAUUGUGUGUGCCUUGAACUUCGUCCUCGAUUCUUAUUUCCUGCCCUGUCUCAGUUUCUUCGUCUGUCGGCUCCUCUUUCACUUGAUGCCUGAGAUCCCCUAAGACUUUACCUUGAAAGGAAUGAAAAAAAGUUCUCGUCAAUGACAGUUACGGAGGGACUGAUCAAUCCCACUCUCUUUCACGUGACUUGAUGGUUCACUAAACUACGAAUCGUUCAAUUUAAUAUCUUAUGCUUAGUAUCUCAUGUCCAUUCAAAGCUUUACCAUCAUUGAUGUUACAGUGCGACUAACAUAUUGUGAGAGGGCAUGCUGACAAGAAUACACAGAUAUGAACGAUUGAAAAUAUGAUUUAUUGGGUAUUCGUGUUUGCACAGCAUGUUCAGUCGGUUCACACUUCCUACAUUGGCCGCAACAUUCGGAAUUUCAACCUGUCAUAAAUUACGAACAUUUUUUGUAACAACCAAUUAAUUGUUCAACUGGUACGAAUAUUAUUAAAAAUCGUUUUGGAUCGUGGCUUUUCAU